AUGCCGAACCCUAUCCGCGAAGACCUCGCCACGGUGGACGAUAGUUCUUUCCCCUAUGUCUUCGAGCAGAAUGUCACAAUUCCCCUGAAAGAUCAAUCUGGCCUUGUGCGCUGCAACGUUUACCGCCCCAAAGAAUUGGAGAAGGCGCCCGUGCUGGUGACCUACGGCCCCUACGGAAAGGAUAUCCCCUAUGCAGACUUCCACCCUCAGUCGUUUAGUGAAGUCAAUCCAGAGCAUCGCUCAGAGCACUCAGCAUGGGAGACACCCGAUCCCCUUUUCUGGACCCAAAAUGGAUACGCCGUGGUUCGAGCGGACGAGCGGGGAACUGGCCAGUCGCGCGGCAAGCUGGACACCAUGUCUCGCGAGACCAGCGAGGCCUUCUUUGAUGUGGUGGAGUGGGCGGCCGAGCAACCAUGGUCUACAGGAAAAGUCGGCUUGCUUGGUAUUAGCUACUAUGCUGGAAGUCAAUGGCGAGUCAGCGCCCGCCAGCCCAAGGGCUUGAGUUGCAUUAUUCCCUGGGAGGGUAUGUCUGACUAUUACCGCGACCGUUGUCGCCACGGCGGUAUUCUUUCCAACAAGUUUAUCAAGUUCUGGUGGGAUCGUCAGGUCGUAUCGAACCAAUACGGACGCCCCGGUCGAGCAGCACGUAACUGGGGCCCCGAUACCAUCGAGGGUGAUCUCUCCGAGGAGGAACUGGAGGCCAACCGUCAAGACCAGACGAUCGACAAUGUCAACAACCAUUUCCGGGAUGAUGUAUACUAUGCUAGCAAGGAGUACACCAUGACCGAUAUUCAGGUUCCUCUUCUCUCGGUCGCCAAUUGGGGUGGUAUCCUCCUGCAUCUUCGCGGCAACGUCGAGGGGUACACUCAAGCCGGCAGCGAACUCAAGUACCUGCGCUUCAUCACGGGCCGUCACGAUCUGCCUUUCUACUACAAGGAGGAAGUUGAGGUGCAGCGGAGUUUUCUGGAUGCUUUCCUGAAGGGCGAAGAUCGCGCUGGUUGGGCGGACGGCACUGCUCCCAAGGUUGAUGUGGUCCUCCGCAAGGGCGAUGUUGGUUUCAACAACGCCGAAGCCGAGAAGCAGUACCCGCGCCGACAGGAGAAUGAGUGGCCUAUCGCACGCACCCAGUAUACUCGUUACUACCUGAAUUCGAAGCAGGAGCUGGUGACGGAAGCCCCCAAGGAAAGACCGACCAAGAUCACGUACCGUGCUCUAGGCAACCUCGACGAGCCACAGCUGGUGCAGUUCACGACGGCACCAUUCGGGCAGGAAACGGAAAUCACCGGUCACAUCGUGGCCCACCUCAACGUAUCGAUGAGCCCAGAGCCCGGGCGUCCGACGCCCAGAGAUAUCGACCUGUUCCUGACACUGCGUCAUAUCUCCCCGGAGGGCAAAGAGGUCUUCUACACCGGCACAGCAGGGGAUCCGGUCCCUCUCUGCAAAGGCUGGCAGCGAGUCAGUCUGCGCAAGAUCAACGCGGAGCACCCGCGCAACCGGCCUUGGCUGCCCCAUCGCGACUAUUAUUCCACCGAUGUGCUGCCGGUGGUUCCGGGCGAGGUGUACGCGGUGGAUGUGGAGGUGUGGCCGACCAACGUGGUGGUGGAGAAGGGAGGGAAGAUUGUUUUUGAGGUGUCCUCGGGGGAUACGCAGGGGUCCGGUCUGUUCCAGCAUAAUUCGCCUGUCGACCGCUCAAGUAGUGGCAUCUUCGCUCGAUCCCUAUACAAUCUCCAAUUUCCUCAUACUUGUCUUGAACAGAUCCAACAGCCAACCGCACAAUUCCAUUACUACUACAACCAAACCCAGCCUACCAAACCACCACCACCACCACCACCACCAACAACCCCUUUCUUUCCUUUUCAACCUCCCAAAUCUCGAAAACCAAAAACACAAGCAACAAUGGCCACUGCAACCCCCCCAAGCACCACGGCCCCCAAAAACAUCCGCCCCCUCAACCGCUACAUCACCACCCACUCCCCGACCACGGGCCAGGCGAUCUUCUCCACCGCCCUGCCCGAGACCAUGCCCAUCCAGCAGAUCAACGACUCCGCGGGCGCCCAGUUCUCGCUCGCGUACACCACCGACACGUUCCCCGUGGACCUGACCGCCGACCGCGACAUCCCCGCCUACAACCACUACCUCACCCACCCCCCCGGCAUCACGAUCAGCACGGGCACCGUCUGCCGGAUCGUGGACAUGCCGCCGCAUGCGCUGAGCCCCAUGCACCGCACCGUCUCGCUGGACUAUGGGGUCGUGCUGGAGGGCGAGGUCGAGUUGGUGCUGGACUCCGGGGAGACGAGGCUGCUGAAGCGCGGGGAUGUGGCCGUCCAGCGCGGCACGAACCAUGCGUGGCGGAACGUGACCCCGGAUGCUGUGGGGGAGGAUGGGGUGAGGGUGGAAGGCUGGGCGCGCAUGUUGUAUGUGCUUGCGCCGGCGAGGGGGGAGGGGUUGCUGGAGGAUGUGACGGGGAUUGAGGUCAGGGGGAGUACUUGA